GACAGUCCUGCGAUUGGGGGAUUUAUGCAUUUUUACGAGUGAUUUCGGCUGUCAUACUAUGGUAAUUGUUUCAUAAUACGUCCAUCGCUGUAGGGGAUGCGCUGGUUUGCACCAACCAAGAUCAAGUUCCACUAGUUGAAGACGUUGGUGGGAAGAUAAAGCUGGUGUAGGAUAUCUUCUGAGCAAUGCAGGACUGGAGCAAAAACAGUGGGGAUCGGAUUCUUGCAUCCAAGGCUGGAGGAACAUAUCCGCUGAUCUCCGGUCGAUUCCAACGGGCUGGCAAUUGAAAUAAAGAGACCUUGGGCAGAUCUAUACAUAAACUGGUACAAGCCGCACCACUGGCAGCAGACAAGGGGAUUCGUGCCUCUCUCCUCCGCUUCGCCAGUGCGCAUGGAUGAAAGUCACAGUUAAAAUGCAUGCGGCAAGUCGCGUCUGAUGUGGGAUUACGGAGUUUUUAUUCGCCCUCUUUUCUUAAUCAUGUCCGAACUUUGGUUUUGGCUCUUUUUCCGAGAUGAUGCUCAUUUGUGGAAGAAUACAGGAGCCCGUUUUGCCGCGCGGGCUGUCACAUUAUUGGCCUGAAUGAGACUGUAUAUGUGCUCUUUCGAUGCCUGGUUUAUGGAGCUAAACACCGAGGAGACUUGACUUUAAGUAUUUUUUUUUUUCUUGCUUUUUUUUUUUUUUUGACAGCCGACGGAAGGGCGGGCGGUGAAAUCCAUGUUUUCACUGAGGUUGGAGGAAAAAGACGGGGCACAGCCGUGAUUUUCGGGAUGCUUUGGCGUUUACCGGGAUCAGCACGAUGACACCUCAUACUGGUACCGCACUUGAGUGAGCUGGGGCAUCCUCUCCCAGGAAAAAUGCAUAUCUGGAUCCUAAAAAUAAUCCUUCUGAUUGCAUCAUCUCUGAGGCUGGUCGAGAUGUAUGACAAUUAUGGGGAGAUCUGUCGAAACCUGUGUACGUGUGAGGAGAAGGAAGGGAUCCUGACGGUGAGCUGCGAGAACCGGGGGAUCAUCCGACUGACGGAAAUCAGCCCCGUCCAUUUCUCCAUGUACCACCUCCUGCUGACGGGGAACCUCCUGAAGAAGCUGUCAGUCAACGAUUUCAUCAAUUACACCGGGGUGACCAUCCUGCACUUGGGGAACAAUGAUAUCUCGGAGAUAGAAUCCGGUGCCUUCAAUGGACUCCAGGGAUUAAAAAGGUUGCACCUGAAUAACAACAAGAUCGAAGCUCUGAGGGAUGACACCUUUGCAGGACUGGAGAGUUUGGAAUACCUACAGAUUGAUUAUAAUUACAUCACCAAUAUAGAGCCCAACGCCUUGAGCAAACUGCACCAACUGACAGUGAUGAUACUGAAUGACAACCUGCUCUCUGCCCUGCCCACGAAUAUCUUCCGGAAUGUCCCCCUCACGCACUUGGACCUGAGGGGGAACCGGUUAAAAAUGUUCCCCUACAUCGGCCUCCUGGAGCACAUGGACAAAGUUGUGGAAUUACAACUCGAGGAGAAUCCGUGGAAUUGCUCCUGCGAGCUGAUCGCUCUGAAGGCUUGGCUGGAGAGCAUAGCCUACACGGCUCUGGUGGGGGAAGUGGUGUGCGAGACGCCGUUCAGACUCCACGGUAGGGACCUGGAUGAAGUGUCCAAGCAGGAACUCUGCCCGAGAAGACCCCUGGAAGACACGGUCAGGCCUGCGCCUCCUAGCAGCACCAAUGGAUAUUACCAGACCACACCUGCUGCUGUCACGGCCUCCGCCACCUCCUCGGCUGUUUUUAGGUCCUCCUCUAGGCCUACCAAGGGCACACGGCAAUUUAACAGAACUAAGUUAAGACCCACUUCCCGAAUACCAGGCGGUAACCCUUACAAUUAUGGCCCCAUCAUUGCUUUUCAGACCAAAUCUCCUGUGCCUUUGGACUGUCCCACUGCCUGCACGUGCAACCUGCAGAUAUCCGAGAUUGGGCUCAAUGUCAACUGCCAAGAGAGAAAGAUUGAAAGCAUUUCUGAUCUAAAACCCAAGCCAUACAAUCCUAAGAAAAUGUAUCUCACUGGAAAUUACAUCCCUGUGGUACGGAGAUCAGAUUUUGUGGAUGCUGUUGGAUUGGAUUUGCUUCACCUGGGAAACAACAGGAUAACUCUGAUCCACGACCGAGCUUUUGGGGAUUUAACCAACCUGCGUAGGCUGUAUUUAAAUGGUAAUCUCAUGGACAGGCUUACAGGAGAAAUGUUUUUUGGUUUGCAGAACUUGCAGUAUCUUUAUUUAGAGUACAACAAAAUCAAGGAGGUCGAGGCGGGCACUUUCCGCUACCUCCCUAAUCUCCAGCUGCUUUUCCUCAAUAAUAACCUCCUGAAAACCUUACCUGUGGGCAUCUUUUCCAGCCUCUCCCUGUCUAGGCUUAAUCUGCGCAACAACCAUUUCCAAAACCUGCCCGUGAGUGGUGUUUUAGAUCAGCUGAAGCUGCUGGUGCAGAUAGAUCUGUUUGAAAACCCCUGGGACUGCUCCUGCGACAUAGUGGGGAUGAAGAUAUGGCUGGAGCAGCUCAGCGCAGGCACAGUGGUGAACGAGGUUGUGUGUGAGACGCCGAGACGCCAUGCAGGAGUGGACGUGCGCUCCAUUCAGUCGGAGCAGCUCUGCCCAGACUACUCUGAUGCCUACGUCUCGCCAACACCCCCCACGGACGAGCCCAUGGACGAGCGGGUCGUCACUACAGACGCCCCGCACAAGUUCAACCCCCCCAGCAGCACCGUUCCCCUCUCUGUCCUCAUCCUCAGCCUCCUGCUUGUUUUCAUCCUGUCUGUCUUUGUGGCCGCAGGGCUGUUUGUUGUUGUGAUGAAAAAGCGCAAAAAGUCACAGAGCGACCGCACUAGCACCAACAAUUCAGACGUCAGCUCUUUUAACUUGCAGUACAGCCUCUACAGCAACCGCUCUGGCCCCAAAGUUAAGGCCCCGGCCGGCCACGUCUAUGAGUAUAUCCCCCAUCCCAUGGGCCACAUGUGCAAAAACCCUAUUUACAGGUCACGAGAAGGCAACACAGUGGAGGAUUACCGUGACCUCCAUGAGCUCAAGGUCACGUACAGGAGUACCCCUGACGAUGAGAGGGAUAGCAGUACGAUGAGGAGCCCUACGUACAGUGUUAGCACCAUCGAGCCACGUGAGAACCCCUCCCCUGUCCAGGAUGCAGACCAUUUCUUCAGAGGCAUCCUUGAGCACGAUAAGCAGUCCCCCCAUCCGUCAAUCCCAUCCAUCCCAGCAGGUGCCAAUUUAGAGUACAAGUACACAGGGCCUGUGUCGUACACGUACAACCCAAAUUUUGAUGUCAGACGUCAGUUCUUGCACCCGGAGAGGAUAAGAGAAACAGUGCUCUAUGGCACGGCACCCAGUACUGUUUAUGUGGAGCCCAACAGAAAUGAGUAUUUGGAGCUAAAAGCUAAACUGCAGUCUGAGCCCGAUUACCUCGAAGUUCUUGAGAAACAGACCACCUUUAGCCAGUUCUGAGCAACAGAAUCAUUAAUGUAAUGAAGCAUUUUGACCCUCCUUUGAAGCAGUGGCUCAGUUUAUAGGGUGCCUUGGCACGACACAAACAAGCAAGAGCGGAAGGAGUUUAAAAACGGGGUGUGCCGAACAAUCUUAUUCUUAUUUCUGAAACAUGACAUUACAGGAAUGGAUCCAGCUUUCUGAAACACGGAUGAACAAAAUUGCUCUACUUAACUGACGAUGCAAAAUCUAUUUUUCUAUGGUGAAGAUCGAAUAACACACAAAAAUGUAAGUGUACAGGUAAAUCUUACCCAACUUCAUUUUCAGGAAUAUAACCAUACAUAAGGUAUAUUGUGAAUCAGAAAAGAAAUGUUUAUAAAAAAUCACUCCUGGACAAAAACACUGUACAGCAGAUCAUCAAAACUGUGUAGGACUAUUUUCUGCUGUAGUCUGUAAGUAAGUAUUUAUUGAUAUAAUCUGCCAUGUCUUUUCAAAACUUUUGAUUCUACAUCAAUAUUACCUGUGUCAUCAUACUCCAUGAUCCUCCGGAAAAAGGCUUAUGUUUGUAGUUUCAUUUACCGUAGCUCUGCAUUGUAAAAGUGGCUUUUUUUGAAAGUGGCACACCCCCAAUGUUCAAAAAAGACUGCGUCAUUUGAAGAAGAUGAAAAAAAAAAAAGUGUCUUUGUAUGCUUUCUGCACUUUUUGGAAUUGGAAGGCGGGUUAGCCUUCAAUGAGCUCUCAUAAAGGAGAUUAUUAUAUUAAAAAUGAAUAUGGGUAUUCAUUCUUAAUAUGUAGAAUUGAUAUGUUAUCAAAACAAAAGUUCAUAAAUGAUAUUUGAAGUAUUAAUUCUGUUGUGUAAUACUGAUAUUUUAAUCAAUGUAACACCUAUUUUUAUACAAGCAUUCGCAGAUUCUCUAUCCCUUAUCAACUUGAUUUGUUUUGAUUGCUUUGCACUUAUUGCACUAUAUUGACCAAACUAUGUUAUUGUCAUCAAAUAAACAUGAUGUCAGGUUCAUAUAAUGUGCUUAUGAGGAGAUUAAGGCUGGUUGGGGGAUGAUAUGAAGGAGGCCAUUUGGGUUUGGUGCGACAGUGGAUGAAAUUAUGAAUCAUGGGAUUCGAGAGCAUGUAUUUUAUUUUGAAAUUGGCUAUGUUGUGGACUCAAUCACAGCAAAUAAGGAUACAGUAUAUGCCUCACUCAUGGGGGCAGCUAGUGUCUCAGUGAGGGGUGGAAUCAAUGCAUUGCAAUCAAUGAGCAUCAUCUGAGGUUUUCCCCUUUGCAAUUACACCAUGACAACGGCAUCCACGUUGCCGCCUGGCAAGCUCUGAUUUGGUCAUUUAUAAAAGCAUCGCUGGAGGUGACUUGAAAUGAACUGCUGUUUUAUCAAUCUGACGUCAGUGGGUAGAAACUUUGAUAAGACAUACAGCUGCUGGAUGAAGAGUAUGGUGCCUCAACCACUUCCCUUUAUUUCUAAUCUUUUGUUAAUCCUUUAGAUACAUUUCUUCACUUAAAGGAGCAGUGUGUGGGAUUUAGUGGCAUCUAGUGGUGAGGCUGCAGAUUGCAAUCGUCUGAAACUUCUCCCAUGUGCUGAGCUUCCGGUUUGUGUUUCCUUCAGUGUUCAUGGUUCAAGAGUUUUUUUACUUGCAGACGAAUUAUUCGUCGAGAUCUCUUCCUCGUCUAAACAGACAGACCUGGUGACUUAAACCUGUAAAACACUAAAAAAAAGCAGUUUCAUUGGAAAAGUCAGUGUUUUGAUGAAGCUGUUUGGCUGCUAGCCUCACACCCUGUUAAUAUCCGCUCGCCUUUUUUCGAUGAUAACUCAAGACCCAGACAUUCAGGAGGUUUUUACCAGUCGCCGAAUUAUCUGGAGAGGUCUCUUCCUCGUCUAAACAGAUGAACCUGGUGAUUUAAACUGGUAAUAACACUAAAUAAAGCAGUUUCAUUGUAAAAGUCAGUGUUUUAAUGAAGCUGUUUGGCUGCGAGCGUAGCACCCUGUUAAUAUCUGCUCAACUUUUUUCGAUGAUAAGUUAAGAUUCAGAAAUUCAGGAGGGUUUUACCAGGUGCCGAAUUAUCAACAGAGGUCUCUUCCUUGCCAAAACAAAUAAACAUGGUGAUUUAGACCGUGAAAACACAGAAUUAAGCAGUUUCACAGUAAAAAAUUGUGAUUUUUCGAUGCUGUUCAGCUCAUCGCGGUGGGGCUGCUAACAAUGGCGGACGAUUUUAAAAAACACAAUUGACCCUAUCUAGAGCAAGUGUUAAGGGUACUGUAGAAACAUGGCGGUGCAACAUGGCAAUCUCCGUUGACCAGGACCUAUUCCCGAUGUAGAAAGAAACGUCUCAUUCUAAGGUACCAGAAACAUAACAGUCGUUGAUGUUAUAUUCACUUUCAGCCAACAUAUUGCCCUAAAUCCUACACACUGAACUUAUAAGAGAAGGAUAUUAAAGGUAUACCCUGUAGGAUUGUCAUGCAUUAGCGGAAGUGAAAGUAAAUGCCCAGGUUCACUCUGGUUUGGCGUUUUGCCUCACCGUACUUGUUUUUGUUUGGCGCUGUGUCUCUUGGAUGCCUGUUGCUUUUGGCAUCUGGUUGCUACCUUUUUAUAAAACCGCAACCUCACCUACGAUGCUCAUAAAUGUCCCAAACACUCGUCUAUACAUUGUUUUUUAAGACAAUCCUGCUUAGUAUACCUUUAAGAAAACAUGUUGAAAAUGGUGCAUGUUUUUGAUUUUAAAGUCCAACUGAAAACACACUCAGUCGCCCUUUUAUGUUGUCAAAAUGCUUUUUUUUUUUUUUUUAAAUGUAUUGUUAAUAGUUUCUCAUUAUUAAAAGGAAGAAAAAGAUGUCUAUGUUGGAUUGACAGCAGCAGUGGUGUUAGAGAACGAGAGACACAGUAAACAGACUCGCUCUGCAGCCUACAUUUCAUGUGCAGACAGUGUGUUGUUAGUGAUAUUAAAGAGCAGGGCCCACACCAGCAUCUAACCGCACUGAGGUGACCUUUGCAGGUACGUUUACACGCUGUUUAAUGCGCUGCAGCUCAGCAGCUAAUUAGCUAUCUGCCCCAGUGAAUGUUUGUGUGGUGCUUCAACAGGCGAAGGCGCAGGGGCAGUAUGUGUGUUCAUGCUCGGAGACUUUAGCAGGGGAAGCUAAUGCGCCUGUAGCUCUUGUGUCAUGUAGCAGGCUGCUGGUGUGAGUGAUUGGCUGCAUCGAAAUGACAGAUUAAUGCAAACCUAGGGGUCGCCGUCGUGACACCAAAAAUGUAAUAUAUAAAUGUCUCCCUGUGCUGUAGCAGACACAAAAAAAUGCAAUUUAAUUUCAGUUGGACUUUAAGUUACUCUGACCCACUUAAAUCCAAUAUGCAAAGCAGGUCUAUAAAAAUGCAAAGGAUGCACCGUGCCACCAUUUUCAGUGUGCGCCGGUGAGCAUCACCAUUUAGGAAUCCAAUGUUCCCUAACUGAGACAGGCAGGGAUCUCUCCGGAGAGGCCGUGUCGCUGUUAAUCUGUCCCCUCGUUUCCUCAUUCGGAAUUUGGAUUAUUGUGAAUUUAUAAUUAAAUCUGCGAAAAUAAAAUGUAUUUUUUCAGUUUAAUUUCACUCAGGUUCCAGCUGCCUUUUCUCAAUGACAACAAAAAAAAAAAAAAAAAAAAAAAGAAAUGCAACCAGCCUGCUUGGGGUCCUUCUUUUGCUGGAUCUUUUCAUAGAAGCCCAGAAUGAGAACAGAAGGCACCAUUUGGGAGAUGAGGAGUCCUGGAACCGAGUGUAACUGUGGAUGUGUCAUACAUGUAGCAGGGGAUGUGAAUCAUAGCCAAGGAGUGUGUGCAGUCGCCCAGUAUUGGUGGCCUAUGGGAUGGCACAGUGUUGACAUGGGUUUCUAUUUAUUUUCCUGAUGCCAAUAUGUAAAGGACGAGGAUGGAAACCAACCCGAUGUGUGCACUGAUAAAAUGUUUCAAAUGUAAAGUGCAAUGCUAUGUUUUUUUUCUUCGAGUAUUAUAUAUUUUCAGGAUGAUUUGGCGAAGUUCACAUAAUGAUUGAGCACAAUUACAUAAUCACUGAAUCAUGCAUUCCAAAUGGGUUUGUUAUUACUGUAUCUGUGUGUAUGUUACACUCUACCCACCCAAACUCCUGCACCAGAGUAAUGGCUGCAUGAAGCAUCCCACUGCAGGAAGCUGGAGUGUGUGUGUGUGGAGAGAGAAAGAGGGAGGGAGGGGGAGACUGUUGCCAGUUGAAAUAAUGCUUUUAAUCAGCCAAUGGGCUCUUUAGGUCUUAACACAAAUGGAAGAAUCGAGGAAGGGCAGAGAGUUUAUUAUGCCUUAUUCUUUUAUAGCCUUUCAUGAGCUCUGUAGCCGUGAUGCCAUGCAGCCUGCACUUAAAAUUAUCCCAGCAUCUCCAAAAGAUUUCUGCAAUGGUCAACAUCUUGCGGAAAAAGUCAGAAAGUUCUGAGACGAAAUACCUCGGCUCAUGUUGCCUCAUGCUACACAAGAGCCCCCCUGAUUUACGGCUAAACCUAUUGUGCGGAAUCUGACGCGAGGCUGAUGCAACGCGAGGCGUGAUGUACGUGCAGAUGUAGCUGUCACAGGAGCCUCACUCCUCGCUCGAUGCACGCAGCAAAGGGAAACUUCUGAAGAGUUUGUUCUUGGCUGCAGCACACAAUCCAACUCGUUUCAGAUGGAGAGGUGGGAGAGACAGUGACGGGCAGUGUGUGCUCCAGUAUUUUCUUACACUUCUCUGCUUUCGCACCAUUUGAGAGUUAAUCAAUGUGGAAUUGUACAACGCGUGAAGCCCGUCCAAGCUGCAUGAAGUGCUGGCUCGUCGCUCGGCUAUUUUCAACUCGGAGGCGACCAUUUUCUGACAGCGUACUGAAAA